UUACUAUGGUAAACGCGGUUAAAUCUUGUAAAAUUGUAUCACUUAAGAUAACUAUUGGAUUUUUAAAUUUUUGUUGUACUUAAUUGGGAUUGUUAAAUUAAUUUUUAUUUGUUUGUUUGAUUUAUUAGAUUGCUCGAGUUAUGAGUGAACGACUUAAAAGGAAGUCAACUCCAUCAUUGGCAGACCUUUCAUCGCCCAGUGUAAGGAGAACCUCAAGUCAGUAUCAUAUUAAUUGUAUUCCUACUCCUGUUGAUGUUUCUGGUGAAGUUAAUCCUGCACGCCAUGAUUCUAUACGACCGAUUGCACUUAAAAGCCCUGGUCGACGUAAAUCAAGUCCUCUAUCCGUUAACAAGUCUUUAUCAACAAUAAAAUUGAGUCCCAUCAAUGUAACUUUUACGCCUGUCAUUGCUGAAGUUGAUAGCCCUAAAGUUUCACAUGAACAUGAACAGAACAAGACAGACGAUCGUAUCGAAGAUAAAGUUUGUGAAAUCAUUCAAGUUCCUCAACUUUCGGGGAUCAAACCUCUUAUCAAUGAAACUUUAAAGAAUACCAACAAAGAAAACUCACUUAGUAUAGUAACCACACCUAAAUUACCCAGAAAAGAAGUCGUAUCACCAACUUUCCGAUUAAAAAGAUCCAAUCUCUUGAGUGAUUUGGGUAAAAUCUUCAACAAUGUGCCUGUUGACCAAUUCAUGGAAGGUGUUAAGGAAGAUUCAUUCGAUGAAAUGACUUUUUGCGGUCAACUUAUGCCUUUAGAGGAAGAACCAGCUGAAGAGAAAUCUAAUGAAGAAUUGACUGAAUCUACUCUUAUCAAAUAUAUGUGUGAAUCAUGGAAAAUGCUAACUAGUGCUCAAGAAAGAAGAGAUAAAUUAUACGACGUGAAAUGCUCUUUUGGAUCAAGAAUUAUUCAAAUCUGUGACAAUGUUUAUCGAGGACUUGAUUCCUUGAAUACACGAUCACCUGAUUUCAAGGGAAUGGUCGAACUUUUUCUAAGUCUCUCAAAUCUGUUUGAGCUAUCUCGGUGUUGGCUGGCUAAUUAUCCAACAGAAUCAGCUAUUUCUUAUCAACAGACUUUAACAAAGCUUUUCAAGUCUGCUGAAGAUUCUAUCAAUCAACUCAAUGACUCAGGAUCGAAUGCUAAAAGAACAGCACAAAGGUAUCUAAUGAAACUUGUUUUCCUCAUCGGAAAACGAUUACUCGAAGUUAACUCUUCCUUAGAAGAGAAAGUUUGGACAAUCCUUAUGGAAGAUGUUCAAGAUAAUCUUGCCAAAGGAAGCUCAACACAAUUUUCCGUUACUCUGCAUACUGUUAUUGACCAGGUAUCCAAAUCUCUAAUGAACGUUUCAUCUAUGUCCCAUCAAGCCUUUGUAACCAAAAAAAGUGAACCCAUCCGAUCUCUUUUGGAAACAUCAAUUGAACUGCUUGAUGAAUUACAGCAAGUAAUGAAGAAAUUCAAAAUAUGGCAUGAAUUUCAUAAUGGUGAGAACACCAUGACCAAAAUGUAUGAGUUACAAUUCUUGUGGCACUCAGAAAAUUAUCAAUACCUUAAUCUACUUUAUUCCUUAAUUAUUGAUUAUACCAAAAAUAUUAUCAAAGUUAUUGAGGAAUCAGGUUGUAUCACUGAACUUCCACUGUUAGAGAAAAUAUUAUCCAGCAUUAAAACCAAUUUAAAUGGUAUUCAAAGCUCACUACCUUUCUCAUCUGAUAAUGAAGCUGAUGGAGAUAAUGUAUCAGAGUCAGUUAAACUUCUGAACGAUCUCGAACAAGCCAUCAGACAAUCAUCUACAAUAAUUUUGAAACAAAGGAACUUAAUUACAACAUCAUUCAUCUGUUGUAAAGGUAUUCUCAAAAGCUUGCCAACUUACAAUCCAUCACCAGCUCUGGAAUUAUCAAUACAAUCGAAUGAAGCUGAAUCUGAAACUGGAAACUAUAACAGAAGAGUUCAUUUCUCGAAUAGCAUUACUGAAACAGCGACAGGCGAGGAAAAGUAAACUAACUCAACUAUUGUUUAUCAACGCGGUUAUUAUAUUAUCAAAUGUACUCAUAUAUAAGAAUUUUGAUUAAGGAUUGAAGUUUUAAAAACAUAAGUUAUAUUUCUUUUUUGUAUAUCAAAUAAACAAAACUCAUAUGAAAUGAAA